UGUUCCGACAUUGCAGCCGACUGACUGAUCUACAAAUCACCUUGCAUCAUAAAUACCGAUAUUAUUAUUUGUAGAUCAGUCAGUAAGCAUUCGCUUCACGGUUUUGAUGCUCCCGAACAACGGCUUUUAAGAGAAACAGAAAGUUAACCGAACUACGGUUGUUGUUACGGUAGAAACGACGCUGUUACCCAGCGCUCACCUCCGUCAUUCUGAACUCUUUUGACUGAACACCGUUUUGAACCCACGUUCUUGCUGCAUGCUGCUUGCACGGUUUCUACGAAGGUACCGUAAACUUCCCAUCUUUCUGUCUCUCUAUUUCCCUCUUCCUCCUCCCUCUCCUGACCUUCCUCUCCUGACCUCACUCUCUUCCUCUCCUGACCUCACUCUCUUCCUCCCCCUCUGUCUUUUCCCUUCCUCCAUCAGGAUGUCAUCUCUUCCCCGACCUCGUCAUGUGAUCUGGGAGACAGAGGAGCUGGUGGCCUACCUCCACCCCCAGCCCUGGACCCCAGGCACUACCAUCCUGGAGCCGAAGACCCCCAGGGGCCCAGAUGAGGAACCAAGCCCAGCUCAGGGCAGUCUCUUCAGGCUGGGUGAGGGAGCCUACCUGAGGUUGCUGCUGGGGGCCAGGGAGGUGGGGGCCCUGCUGUGUGAGAGGCUGGGGGUGAAGAGAUGUGCCCUGGUCUGCAGGCCCCACCCAGACAGUAACAGUCCACCCCAGAUCCGGGUGCUGCCGCUACACGGCCUUGACAGCGAGUGGCGCCCCCACCUGGCGGGAGAUGAGCACUACACCCACCACGACCCCGGCUACGUCACCUCUAAAAGCGGCCCUCGCUGGACUGACACGUCCCUCCAGGAGAUCCAGGCCGAGAUCCGGGCCCAGCUCCCUUCCCCCAAUGCCCUACCAAACCUCACCUUCCUUGGGGAAGACCCAUCGCACCCCGGCCUCUUCUCCCGGAUCGUCCGUGGAGAGGAGCAGCAGUGGAGGGUGUGGGAGGAUGAGGGACACGUGGCAUUCCUCACCCCCUUCCCCAACGCCCCCGGCCUCACCGUACUGGUCCCCCGUCGACCGCUGACCUCGGAUAUAUUUAGACUUGAAGAGGCAGAUUAUACGAGUUUGGUACUGGCAACCCAGAAGGUGGCCAGGGUUUUGGAAGAGGGUCUUGGAGCGUGGGGGGUGGGGUUGAUAUUCGAGGGGUUUGAGAUUGACUACGCUCAUGCUAAAUUGAUACCUCUGCUCUCUCCGCCCUCCUCUCACCAGGUUGAUGGGGGCUCCACCACUGGCUCUCUACCUCCUCAGGCCCAGUUUAGUGCCACCUAUCCUGGGUUUGUGACCUCGGAGGAUGGCCCUGAGGCCAGCCUGGAGUGUUUGAAGGAGUUACAGGCCAAAAUCACACCGUAAUGAUAAUGUAAUGUAUUGACAUGUUAUGAAAUAUGUAUGUAAUUGCAUAUUAUGAAGGACCUGAAACUGGGUGAUUAUAGUAUUGAUGUAUUGCACUUGACUACAUACAUUCCUAUUGGUUGACUUGUGAUAGCUUUUUUUCAAUAUGAAGCCUGUUGCUUCAUGUACAUACUGAUUUGGUACCAAAUUCUGUAGAUGUGACUGUUUCUGUCAUUUUAUUAUGAACUUGAAAUAGGACAACAAUCAAGAGCUUUAUUUGAGAAACAUGGUACUGUAAGGGUUUUAGAUAUAUCCUUUGAUAAGUACUUAACAGUAGCAUGGAAAAAUACAUGAUUGUUUGAUCAAAAUAAACAUGUGAUUUCUAUGUUUUGUAAAGUGUAUUUUCAGAUAUUUCUAACAGCACAACAGGCUGAGAAAACGAAAAGAAAUAAACCGCUGUCUUUCAUUGUCAAAUGUUACAAUA